AUGGCAUAUGUGGUUCUCUUGGCCGCCCUCCCUUUGAGCGCACUGGGGAGCGCGUGUACCCAAGAACAGCAGGAGGCCGUUGCCCAGGAUGCGGUGCUGUCCGCAGAAGCCGACUCCUUUCUCCAGCAUGUCAGCCGACAGCUCCAAAAUGAGACCAAGGCGAGCCAAAACGGAACGCAGUUUCCGGCAUUUCCAAAUCCGUUCCAGACAUUUGGUGGCCAGUCUGGUGCAAGUGCCUCCAAUCCCACAUCCGCCAUCGCAGGUGUCUUCCUUGGAAAAAGUAACGAGGCAGCCACCAUGGAUCAAUGCUCAACAUUCUUGAACCAAGUUAUGGGACAGGUCUUCUCAGACCCCACAAAGGCAAUGGCAGUCAUCACAAACUUGAUGUCGUCUUCACAGGCUUCGACACAGUCUCUGGGAUGUCUGAAGAUGGCUCUGAACUACGCAGAUCAGGGUGUGACCCCGGCUGAGUGCAGGAAGCCAGAUGGUACAAUCGACCCGAGUUGUUGUGUCUACGAGAAGCGCUGCAGCGACACCAAUCCCAUGGAUGCCUGUCCGACGCUCGUGUUCCAUCCGACGAACAUCUUCGACCCGAGCACGUUCAUCGACAGCAAGCUUGCUGCGGACCCGGCUUUGCCAGGCCUCUCAUCGGCCACGCUGCCCUGGAGCGCCACCGCGCUGUUUGCCGGCUGGCUGGUGGGCUCGGUAACGCUGAAACAGGCGCUGGAGGUCUUCAGCAAGGCCCAGUUUCUCGCGGCCUCCUCCGUGGGAUUGUUGGCCUGCACGCUGGCCACGGUCACCCUUCCUCAUCUCACUGGCGGCAGCAUCUACGUGCUUUCCGCCGUGCGGUUUGUCACGGGCUUGCUUUUUGCGACGGGGCCCGUGGGGAACCUGUACGUGCAAGACUGCCUCCCGCCCAGCCAACGCAAUCAGGCGAUGGCCUUCAUCAACACUGCCUACUCCAUCAUCGCCAUCCUCAUGGCCAUCUUCUGUGGGGCCACGCAGUCGCUGGAUUGGCGAAUCGACGCGCUGUUGUGGUGCGCCUUGCCGCCGUUCUUGGCGCUGCUCUUGUGCUUCCAAAAGCCCCUGGAGUUGCUCCGGUCACUACCUGCGGCCGUGGCCAAGCGUAGCACGCAGAAGUCGGAUGCGAGCGGCAUGUCCGGUCCCGAAAUCUCCGGGGCGUUGAAGCUAGCGGCCUGCUUCCUGGCCUGCGGCUGCGGCUCCUACGGGCUCAGCUACUCUGCGGGCAAGCUGUCCGAGAAUCUUUACACCAACUCGGCUUUGCUGAACGGGGCCGACAUCCUGGGCUAUGUGGCCGUGCUGGGUGCGGACGUCCUGGGCCGAAAGGCCUUUCAAAGUUCCAGCUUCUUCCUCGCCGCCGUGUGCCUGCUGUUUUGCGGCCUCCUUCAGCCGGGCUGGUACCUCAUCGCAUGUGCCAUGGUUGGGCGGAUCUGCCUCAAUGUCUGUUUCACCACCAUCUACGUGGCCCUGGCGACCGUCUUCCCCGAGUCCAGUCAGAAGAACGUGCUGCCCAUCUGUCAGAUCACGGCCCGCAUCGGGGGCAUCCUCGCUCCCCUUGCAGGCACCCUUCCAGCCGCCGUGUCGUGCCCGGUUUUUGGCAGCCUCUGCUUGCUGGCUGUCGUGGCCACACUCAGCCUCCCUGAGAGGAUCCACUCCCUUCCUCUGCCCCUGAAGCACCAGCAGGCUCAGCUAGCUCGGCUGCCGCCGGCGUACAUGGCCGUGAGCGGAACGGAAGUCCUGGCAGGCGACAGCAUCAUCUUCGCCCAGCGCGCCGCGCAGCAGGGAGCUCGGGUCUACCUCGACAUCUUUCCAGGUAUGUGGCACGGCUUCCAGCAGUAUCUGGAAGGUUGCGGCUCUGGGCGCGAGUUGUGGCAGGCCAGCGCUGCCCUCAGGCUCAAAGAUUGGAACAUCUCCCAACCCAGCCCAGCAGCACAGUGCCUCCAGCGCCUCGCUCUUGGACUUUCCACCUUGCGCAUGGCGGGGGGCGUGGACGAGGGGAAUCGACCCCGGCCAGGGAUCUAUGUCGGGAGGAAGCUGGACUACUCCUGCCCAGGGGAUCAUGUGACCUGGGAAAUCGUCCUGAUGGUGGACGGGGCCUGCAGCAUCGAAUGCAGGUCUGAGCUCUCUCCCUCCAAGGGUGGUACGCAGGCUUGGCACGUGGAGGGUACUUGGGAGUGGUCGGAGGAUGAUGAUGAGAUCGUCGUGACGGUCACCAAGGAGGACCCUCUUGGCGGCCCGCGGCGCGACCGUGACUUGGAGUUGUCAGUCUCUGAAGACCAGACCACUGUGACUUUCAAGGGCGCCGCUUGUUCGUGGACGAGCCCGCCGCCGGACCCUUUCAUGGAAGAGAUGGCUGCCUUGUCCUUGAAGGACCUCAAGGCCCGUGCGGUGGCCUUCGGCCUGGAUCCUACCGGCUGCGUCGAGAGGGAGGAGUUCUUGAACCUCCUCUUGCGAGGGAAGGCCAGCGGUGCCCUGAAGGAGGUGGCCCCGAGCUCUGCGGCGUCGGUGCCAGAUGCCUCGCCUUCGUCCAGCCCUUCCUCCGCGAAGCCGGAGCCAGACAAGUCCGAGAAGGCCACCAGUGCCUCGCACAGCCCCACGCCCGGGGCCAGCCCUGUGGCCAGCGCAGGCUACGCGGGCUCAGAGACACCGGCUGCAGCGGCCGCAGAUGCGGACACCCAGGAGAUUCCGGAAGGCUGCUACUCUCUCGAGCAGCUGACGGACAAACGCGUUUGGGAGAAGUUAGACGUCGUCUCCACCGAACGUGAGACGUACCUGCCAGAGGCAACCUUCCAAAAGCUUUUUGGCAUGCCGAAGGUUGUGAAGCCCUUCAACCAGGCGCUGGCGGGUGCCUCCUGCGAGUACGCCAGGGCGAUGCCAGGGGGCCUCGAGUCACCUGCGGCGACCAGCAAAUACCUGCAGACGCGUGCGGUUUGCCUUGCCAAGUCGGAGAUCUACGCAAGCGGAUCUGCUUGCGGCUCCUGCUGGAAGGCACAUCGCGAGGGACAGGGGAACCUGGUCGUGCAGGUCAUCGGCUCCCACGGAGGCUCCAACAGCCUGGAGUGUCACUUGGACGCCUUCCGCGCCGUGGCCGGUGCGGACCGCGGCGCUUUUGAGGUGAGCCUCGAGCCCGUGGAAUGCGAGGUGAUUGGCACGGGGCCUGUGGCCACCAUCCUCGAUGGCGACAACGCCUGGUAUACGAGAGCUAUCUUCUCGAACUUGCCGUACGCCGUGGUCGGCGCCUCGAUCUCGGUCGACGAAAAGGCCUAUGAGAUGAGGCGCGUCUCCGGCGCCAGCUGGCAGGCAAAUCUCGGGGGCAGCGGCUCAUCAGCCGAGUUCACUUUGCGCCUCGAGGGCGGCCACGUUCCCGGACUGCUUCAGCAGCUGGCCGGUGGCCACAGGGACUUCCUGCUCCGCGCGCUCCGGGCCCGGGAUGCUUUCUGGGCGGCCUGCCGUCGCAGCUGCACGCCCGGCAGCGUGAACCCAAGAAUUCCGCACGCCCUGGACGUGCGAGGACGACCCAAGCCCAAAGCCUUCUCAAUGAACUUCGAUGCCUUGAGUUACAGCCAACUGACCUUCGGGCGCCUUCCGCACUUCCACGGUCGGAUCGAGCAAGGCUCGAGCGGUGCAGUCAUCUGGCGGAGCUGCUGGGGGCGUCGACCCUUGAUGGUCUCGGAGAGCCAGGGAUACGGACUCCUUCUUGCCGGAGGCCUGCUGGCGUCCAUGGGCUCUGACUCAGACUUCGGCCGCGUCUCGGAGCUCACCCACGAGCUUUUCCUGGGCUGGCGCCGCAUGUGCGAGCUCAGCGCCGCGGGGGGCAGCUGCCAAGACGACGAGGGGUUCCAGUGCGGGGGCGGCCGCUACCCUUGCCUGCCCCACUGGAAGUUCGGCGAGGACUUGACUCGUGUGGUGGGCCGCGGGGCAGCGCCAGACGGGGACGUGGAUGCCCUGCUGGGCAUGUUGCUGGCCGUCUUGGCCUUGGAGGGCACCAGCCGUCAGCCGGACUGGCUGGAUGAAGUCGGCCAGUGGGCCUACGACACCUGCAAGCAGUUCUACGUCAGCUCCACGACACCUUCCCCAAGCGGCAGCCACCAGAUCGUGAAGCUGGGCUCCUGCUGGGGCGGCUGGGGCUCCCAAGGUCAGAAUCCCAGCUACCAUGCACCGGGCGUCUACCGCCUGUGCCGGGACUACAUGGCCUCCCACGAUGCCCGCUAUGGCGGAUCCUCUUCCGAGGGUGACGGCUUCGAAGGGAAGUGGGAGACCCUCAUCGCUACCAGCUACAAGAUGCUGGCGGCCACGCAGUGCCCCUCGACUGGGCUGGUUCCGAACUGGGCUCAGGUCUUCGAAGAGGGCCGCGGUCUCCGUGCUCAGACGGGCUUCAGCGGUAGUGGCACUCCUGGCGCGGAGUACGGCGCCGAGGCAUCCAGGACGAUCUGGCGCGUCGUGGUGGACUUCGUGCUUUUUCCGGCAGAGGCAAGCUCAGCUGCGGACUUCUUGAACCCUGUCUCUCAGCACUUGGGCAAGAAGGAGAGCUCCGGAAGCUGGGCCUCCUCCCUGGACGUGGACGGCGCCUGCUUGGUGGAGACCAUCCAUCCGGGGUGGCAGGUGAACAUGUUCAUGGCGGCGCCCACCUUCUCCAGCCUUGUCUGCCCUGCCACGGCGCUGGGCGGGGCUCGGCAACAGGAGCUGAUCGACUCGGCAGGUCGGCUGUUGGCUACGCAGCGAAUCCGGGACUACUACUCUGGAAGUUGGGUGGCCAUCAGCACCAUGACCCUCAACGGGGACCUGGCGCGAGCGGCCGCCAAUGCCAAGAUCGGCGUCGCAGCGCGCUCCAGGGCAGCGAUGCGCCUCGUUCGCCUGGUUCUGAAGACCUACACAAUCUGCGCUGCGACCAACAUCUACUACCCGCAUCCAGAGGGCAAGAAGCCUUGGGUCUUCGUCGGUGAGCUGGACGUGGGCCUCACAUCACCGAGCCAGGCGAUGAUGCCCCAGCCACAGUUCAUGGCCCGGAGCUCUUCACAACCGGAGCGCGGCGCCCCCGGCAGCGUAGCCGCUUCCGAAGUCGCCGAUCGCCAGCCGCAGCUGUCGAUGGUUGCACCGAGAGCUCUUCCCGCCAACGUCGUCAUCGGCUGCCCAAGGGAGACCUUGGUAGGCGCUGUGAUGACUGGCCUUCUCUGCGGCAUGGUCUCCACCCUGGCGAUGGUCACUUGCACAAGCUGGUACCUGACAAGGCGAGCCAAUCGGGAGCUGCCUGCGUGGUUCCCGGACUUCUUGAAGUAUCCCUUUGAGAACUAUUUCGUGGAAGACCAGCAGCUGUCCAAAGGCGGGCUCCAGUGA